GCCCCGUACUCACUUCCUCGUGUGAAUCGCCCAAAGUCUCUCUCUUUUCUUUUAUUUUUUCUGCACAAAAAAAAAAAAAAGACAGAUCACAGUGAAAUCGCUAUAACUUCGUUUUUUCUUCAUUUAUCGCUAAAACCUUAAAUUUCUUUUUGGUCCCUUUCUAAACCCUAAUCUUGAAAACCCUAAAUCUUGAGAGAAUCGGUUAUUGAAUGUAUUAGUUUUCUCUAAUUGGGAGGCGAACUUAAAACUCAUUGACAGGACUCACCUAGUGUUAUUGCAUUUGCUAUCGUUGUUUUAGAAUUUUGAGCUGAGCUGACUAGCGAGUUGACUCGAUAGAGAAAGUUAAUUUUUUUUUUCCCGAGUUAUUUGGGGUUGAAUUUGGAGUAUGUGAUGAUGGAGGAGAAUAACGGAAUUGAUUGUUUAGAAAAUGCGAGCACGAGCGAGGGAAAGCCACCGAAUCCUCGUACGCCCUCGUAUAUGCAGCAGUGCCCCACCAGUGAUGGCGUUUUGAAGCCCUGUAAGAAGUCCCUAGUUCGACACCCGUCUCUUCAGGUGAAGUCAAAGGCAUCAGAUAUCGCUGUUGAAAAUGGACAUGCUAUAGAGAAUCGUGGUGCGGAGCUCAUCCCUAUAGUCCGUUCCGGAGCAUGGGCUGACAUAGGGUUUCGAACAAGCAUGGAAGAUGUAUAUUUGUGUGUUGAUGAUUUUAUGCAUGAUUAUGGGCUCAAGAAUUUUGCUGAUGGGCCUAGUGCCUUCUAUGGGGUGUUUGAUGGACAUGGUGGGAAGCAUGCUGCUGACUUUGCUUGCUAUCAUUUACCAAGGUUCAUUGUUGAGGAUGCAGACUUUCCUGGAGAGAUUGACAGGGUUUUUGCUUCAGCAUUUCUGCAAACUGAUACUGCUUUUGCAGAAGCUUGUGCAUCGGAUUCUGCCCUUGCUUCUGGUACCACUGCAUUGGCAGCUCUUAUUCUUGGGAGAAUGUUGGUUGUGGCAAAUGCUGGAGAUUGUCGAGCGGUUUUGUGCCGUCGUGGCAAAGCCAUUGAAAUGUCAAGAGAUCACAAACCCAUUUGCAAUAGAGAGAGAAAACGCAUUGAGGCAUCUGGAGGUUAUGUAUGUGAUGGUUACCUCAAUGGGCAACUUAAUGUGGCUCGUGCUUUAGGAGAUUGGCACAUGGAAGGAAUGAAAGGUGCAGAUGGUGGGCCACUGAGUGCAGAGCCUGAGCUUAUGACUGCAAAUCUAACUGAGGAGGAUGAAUUUCUUAUCAUAGGAUGUGAUGGUCUUUGGGAUGUGUUCCGGAGCCAAAAUGCUGUUGAUUUUGCGAGGCGGAGGCUUCAGGAGCACAAUAAUCCAGUCAUGUGUAGUAAGGAUCUGGUAGAUGAAGCUUUGAAGAGGAAAAGUGGGGAUAAUUUAGCUGUUGUUGUUGUUUGCUUUCAAUCCCAUCCACCCCCUAACUUGGUUGCCCCUCGUGCAAGAGUGCAGAGGAGCUUUUCUGCUGAGGGGUUGAGAGAGUUGCAAAGCUUCUUGGAUAGUUUGGGAAACUGAGAUGGUGCACUUUCCUGAUGGAAAACGGAGUUGCAUUGGUCCGUAUAGCCCAUGAGUCGUUAAAUUUGUUGAUCUGUCCCCUGCAUGUCGCUUUGUGCCCGUCUAGCAUGAAAGAUGGAGAGCUUUCUAAAUGAGGGUAAAUCCUUCUCAGGGGCUCCCGCCUCAAGUGGACGCGUUAGCCUGUCUUUCCAAAAUAGAAGGCAUCACUGGACGCGUAACUUUGAGUUGCCCCAUAAAAUUGGAUCAGUUCUUUGACGGAUUGGGUUUUCCUUGUGUAAAACCAACCUCAGUGUCUAAUCUGGGAUAUGGCUUGUCCAUUACAUUUUCAGGCCCUCGUAUUCAUCUGUUUAGCCUACGGAGGAUCGCAUUCUUAUGAUCAGUCUGACCUUUCUUCGUUCACAUCAUAUAGACCAAACCACUGGUUUUCC